AUGGAGGCUGAGGAUGAUCAGCGCCGUCCACACGGGGAUCCCUUCCCGGAUGUCAUGAAUGAUCCUGCCUAUGCCACAAAUACAGAUGCCAAAGGGAAGGGCUCAGAUGAACCGGAUACCUGCCGAAUAUGUCGUGGGGAGGGGUCCGAGGAAGAGCAAUUGUUCUAUCCAUGCAAAUGCAGUGGAAGCAUCAAAUUCGUCCAUCAGGCCUGCCUGAUGGAGUGGCUGUCGCAUUCCCAAAAGAAGUACUGCGAACUCUGCAAAACGCCGUUCCGAUUCACGAAAUUAUAUGAUCCCAAUAUGCCGGCCGAGCUUCCAGCACCAGUUUUCAUAAAGGAACUUGCUCUUCAUGGAGUCCGCACCCUGGUUACGUGGUUGCGGUUCCUGCUUGUUGCUUUCGUGUGGUUAGGAUGGUUGCCAUGGUCCAUGCGAGCCAUCUGGCGAGCCCUCUUUUGGCUUGCUGAUGGCCGCUGGCCCAGUGGUGAUAGUACUCAGCGGCCUGUAGCAGUACCUGCAGACUCGUUGAUCAUGCAGCUGGCAGCUAAUGGGACAACUCCAGUGAAUCAUACAUUGGCCUCCAACCAUCCUGCUGUAUCGACGGCCGCUCAAGCUGAGGCAAGCGCACUACCUCAGGUCCUGUCUCCGGUUUCGUCGAUGCUCAAUUUCUCGUCUACUGAACCUGUGGCGCUCACGUUGGCAAAACGAGCCUUUCUAAGCCUGUUUGUCCCUGUUGUUUCGUCGGGUUCCGGUACAACAAACUCAAGCCAGUUUAAUACGACGAUCUCUCCACGUCAGCGGCAACCUUCAUGGCUGUCGAAUGUCUCCUUUCUGAACUCGCUGACAUCCUCCCCGACACUCAACAAUAUCGUUAUUGAUACGUUGGAAGGCCAGCUUAUUACUUUGCUGGUGGUGAUUUCUUUCAUCCUCGUAUUCCUGAUUCGCGAAUGGGUCGUUCAGCAACAACCAGCUGUCAAUCUUGGCGAGGAGGAACGGGAGGCAGUUGUUCAGUUGAUCGCAGAGAAUCAGAACCGGGCGAACCAACAAGCAGAGGCCCCUGUAAACGGACAAGAGGCCCCUGUACGACCGAAUGACGACAACUCUACAGGCACUCGGCCAGAGCCUGAAGCCGAGGUGAAUGCUCCUCAUCAUGAUCGCCAGCUUUCUCCAAUG